AUGAAAUUGGGCAACACUGAAGAAGGCAUUGCAGAAAGUAAAGUGCAAGUCAAAAAUAUAAACGAAAAUAUAGAAAAACACGCACUAAUAGAAACAUUGGAUGUAGAAAACAAAUCGGCAACAGUCAAUGCCAAUAGCCGCCGAUACUUCAAAGAUUCACAAAAAAAAAAAAAACCUUACACAACCGACAGUGCCCCAACUACAGGAACAAGAAAACGAAGACAAUCUGAACAAUUAUCUUCUACACGGGACCAGUUUGCAGCAAUUGCUGAGUCACAUGUCCAAUCAAUGAUGAUGCUAGCUGAAGCUGCAAAAUUACAGGCAGAAGGGACAAAGCGUCAUGCCGAUGCUAUGGGUCGAUUGGCAGAAGCGAUGGAACGGCAAGCUGAUGCAGCUGUGCAAAACGCUACCAAUGAAAAAGCGAAAAUCGAAGUCAUGUCUCAGCUCGUAGAAGUACUAUCAUAG